AUGGAGUCCGCCGCUGCGCUCCCGGGUAGUGACCUCGAUGAACAAGGCCCUCGGAUGCUUGUCGACGUCAGUCCGGUCACUAGCUUCGUGGAGAUGGGACGCACCACCGCCGCUAGCUUUACACUGAACUAUCUACAGACCAUGGCCCUUCAACUCGUUUGCGUAUUUCUGGACAAGUAUACUGCCGAUCCGGACUCAGCUGGUCAGCAUCUUCAAUAUACCGGCGGGCCGGGAGGCACAGGAAAGUCAAGGAUUAUCGAUGCCCUGAAGGGCGUGUUCGCGGCGAGAGACCAGCCACAUCUUCUGCAGAUAACCGGCACAUCAGGCAGUUCGGCGGCCCAGAUUGGCGGCACGACGAUCCACUCGGCCUGUGGGUUAGAUUCCCAUCGCGAUCCAAACAAACCGCCUCCCCCCUUCUCGGAGGCGAAGAAAUGGAUAUGGAAACUGAAGCUGGUACUCGUGAUUGACGAGGUCAGUAUGCUGGGAGGAGCCACUCUGCACAACGUCAGUCGUCACCUGCAGGCACUCCGUGACUGUCCGGACGAGCCGUUUGGUGGGAUGCCUGUCGUUCUACUGAUGGGAGACUUCUACCAGUUCGCCCCCGUGCGGGAAACAAGCCUCCUGAUCAACAGACCGCCGGACCGAACACAGACCCCCCUGCGACAAGCCACCAUCUCUCACCACAGCGGCUGCAGAUUGUGGCAUCUGUUCAAAACCGUGGUGCUCCUCGAAGACCAAGUCCGCGCACGCAACGAUCCCCAACUCCGUGCACUCCUGGAUCGAGUUCGUAACGGGCGCCAGACCCAUGAAGAUCUGAGCUUGCUCAAUGCCAACAUUGUAGGACGCUCGCAAAUCACCUUCCACGAUGGUUUGCGCGCUAUAACGCCGCUGAACCGCACCCGGUGGGCCCUCAACAUGGAAGCUGUUGUGGGCUGGGCGCGCUUCAACCAGCGGCAUAUCCGUAUCUUUGUCUCGACUCACACCUGGCGUAGCGGCGCGCUUUCUCCAGACAUCGUAGUGCGAACCAUCGGACAAGGCGACGACUCUGCCUGCAAAGUCCCCGGCGUCUUCUUCUACGCCCAGGGCAUGCCCGUGGUUGUGAACAAGAACAUCUACACUGGCCUGAAGGUUGUGAAUGGGGCCGACUUUACCGCCGUGGACGUGAUAAUCGAUCCCAAUCACCCGGGAUACUGCUUGGCAGAUGACGUGACCAUCCACUUCGGGCCACCGCUCGGCAUUCUUCUGCAGUCCGAGGAGACGAAAGCCUUGGCGAUACCAUCCCUCCCGGUCGGGACAGUGCUCAUCAGACCCAUGUCGCAUACGCUCGAUUCGACUAGCUCUCACUUCAAAUUCUUGUCGGCAAGAUGCACACGACGUGGAUUACCCGUUGCGCCAGCGUUCGUCCUCACUGACUAUAAAUCUCAGGGUAAAACAUUUGUAGAAGUACUCUUGGAGCUGCGUGGAAAUCGUCUAACCAAUGGCGAACCCUCCAAAUGCGAUUUCACGAGCCUCUAUGUUCAACUGUCCAGGUGUACUACGCUCCAUGGCAUCAAACUCCUCAGUCCCGUGAGAUACCAGGAUUUUAUUGACAAUACGCUAGAUCGAGCCAUGCUUGAUGGAAUGCGCAGACUCACAAACUUGGCGGCGCAAACGAGACGGGCAUAUGAGGGUGGCGAUUUAGAAAAGCAGUGA